AUGGCCCGGCUCUCCGUCAGGGAGCACCUGGACGGGAUCCUCUCCGACUUCGAAGCGCUCAAGAAGUCAUUUGAGGCGGAGGAUGGGGACGAGGCACCCGGCUCCCCACCACUGUCCUCGGCCACCGGCGAGUGCCUCCGACCGCUGCAGCCCGGCCACCCGCCCCGCUCCGGCACCGCCGCCGGCCCCAGCCCGGCUCCCAGCCCCGUGCUGCGCAGCCGGCUCAGCACCAGCCUCUCCGCCGGCCGAGCCAACGGCACCACCGGCACCGGCAUCGUCCGCGUCGCCUCCUUCCAGACCCACAGGGGCUUCGCUGCGGGGCCGGGCAGUGACGGCGAGAGCCUCCGCAGCUCAUCCUCCAGCCUGGAGAGCCCCGCGCCCCCCCAGCCGCCGGCACCCCUCCCAGCCGCCAGCCCCAGCCUGAAGAAGGUCCCAUCCCAUGGCAGCGUCUUCCCGGCGGAGCUGGAGCAUCCCCUCCGUGGGGCCGGCGCCAGCCACGGCUCGCUGCCAGCGCUGGACCUGCACAUCGCCGAGGAGCCGGGGAUGGGGACCCCCCCCCCGCCGGACGCCCCAUCAUGGGGCACCUGGAGCCCUGCAACUCAGCCCCACGCGCACCAGCCUUCCUCCUCCUCCUCCUCCUCCUCCUCCCCAGCCACCUGCGAUGGCACUGGGGUGGCCCUAGGGCUGCCCACGCUCCCCGAGGGGCCGGGGGGGCGGGACGUGGCCCCCCGCGCGCUGCCUCGGCCGCAGCUGAGGGUCAGCCUCGGCACCAGCCCCGGCCUGGCCCACCGGCCCCCACCGCUCCCCCGGGGCCAGGGGGAGGCAGCCCCGGCCCCCACCGCCCCUUCCCCGGGGAGGGCUGAGGGGCUGCCGCCACCACCGGCCCCCCAGGCCGCCCCCUUCAAGCUGGUGUCUCAGCCGCAGACGGUGCAAGUGAGCUCCCAGCCCGCCUUCCUCGGGGGGCUGGUGCUGGUGCCGGCCCUGGGGACCCCGCCAGUGCCUGGGGGAGCCGGCACGAACCCCCCCAGCGCCGGGCUGGCGGGGCUGUGGGGACCCCGCGUGGUGGCGGCUCCCGACGAGGCUGCGGACGGCGGCUGGGCUGCGGUGACGCCGGAGCACGGGAGCAGCCUGGAGCCUGAGGAGCACAGCAUGGAGCCGCCGGCCGUGCUGGAGGAGGAGAUGCCCCUCACCGCGGCGGCCAGCCCGGCGGGUUGCCAGCUCUUCGGUUACGUGGGAAUCGAAGCCGUGCUUGACCAGAUGAAAAUCAAAACCAUGAAGACAGGCUUCGAGUUCAACAUCAUGGUUGUGGGGCAGAGCGGGCUGGGGAAGUCGACGAUGGUGAACACCCUCUUCAAGUCCAAGGUGAGCCGGAAAGCCUCGCAGCCCGGCCAGGAGGAACGCAUCCCCAAGACGGUGCAGCUGCAGUCUGUCACCCAUGUCAUCGAGGAGAAGGGUGUGAAGAUGAAGCUGACGGUGACGGACACACCGGGGUUCGGGGACCAGAUCAACAACGAGAACUGCUGGGACCCCAUCAUCAAAUACAUCAACGAGCAGUACGAGAGGUACCUACGCGAGGAGAUCCUCAUCACCCGUAAGAGGAAGAUCCCGGACACCCGGGUCCAUGGAUGCGUCUACUUCGUCCCCCCCACGGGUCACUGGCUGCGCCCACUGGACUUGGAGUUUAUGCGGCGGCUCAGUAAGAUCGUCAACGUGGUGCCGGUGAUCGCCAAAGCCGACACGCUCACCCUGGAGGAACGGGCAGAGUUUAAGCAACGGAUCCAGGAGGACCUGAAGACCCACGCCAUCAGCGUGUACCCGCAGGAGGACUUCGACCAGGACCCGGAUGAUAGGGCGCUGAACGACAGGAUUCGGGAGAAGAUCCCCUUCGCCGUGGUGGGGGCGGACCAGGAGCACCAGGUGAAUGGCAAGCGGGUGCUGGGGCGCAAGACCAAGUGGGGCAUCAUUGAAGUGGAGAACCCGGCGCACUGUGAGUUCCCCCUCCUGCGGGACCUGCUGAUCCGGUCCCACCUGCAGGACUUGAAGGACAUCACCCACAACGUCCAUUACGAGAGCUACCGUGUGCGGCGGCUGAACGAGAGCAACCGGCCGGCGCUGAGCCCCCUCAACGGGCUGCCCGGCAAGGGCGAGGGCGGCAGUGACCUCUGA